AGACUUGCAGCCACCUAAAUAUGAGGAUACUUACGCAGGCAAACAUUUGUUUUGUGACGAAAUUGGUGUGAGUCCAUAAUCUGUUUCAGUUCCCAAGCAACUGCCAUCAGUAGAAGUUCGUCCGCGCAUUCCAUACGAUGAAACACCCAAACUGAAAAGAAGACUUGGGGACAUAGCUGAAGAUGACAGUGGCAUGGAAUCUUUUGGCGAUCCUACGGGAUGGAGCAAUACCUCAAAGCGCUCUCCAUCGUCUAUCGUCAAUCCCUUAACGGAGCUCCUUGAUUCGGAAUCGCCGAAAUCUCGACAGAAGUACGGCAUGGAGGGUGUCCCACAGGAAAACGCAUCAUUGUUGGAGGAACGUCAAAACUCUCAGGACGAAGAUGUCUCCCAAAUGACAGAUUCACUCACAACUAUCACCCCGAAAUUGUUCGCAAGCUCUGCUGAACGCCAAACUACUCUAUAA